AUGAAUAGUAACAAAGGGAUACUUCUUUCACCACUUUUUUGGUUAGUGAAUUUCAGCUUUGAGGUGGAAAUAACAUUAUCUAAUUUCACAGCACAGAGUGAUUAUGCACCAUAUUUCUAUGACAAUGGGCCCCACAGUAACAAUGGAAAUCUGGCACUGUUCAGUCUUUCAGAGGACACGCCAAAGGGAACACAGAUAUACAUUCUAAAUGGAACAGACCCAGAGGGCCAACCAGUAAGAUAUGGCCUAGCCUUUGAUCCAGGAUCUAAAGCAUAUUUUCAUGUUGAUCCCAAUUCUGGUAUGGUGACUCUGAUAGAGGAACUCGACAGAGAGGUGCAGGAUGUGAUUAAGGUCCUUGUCAGUAUUUCAGAUGGCCUGAAUCAAGUAGCUGAAAAUGUGAGAGUGUUUGUGACAGAUGCAAAUGACGAGCACCCUCAGUUUAAGAACUUGCCUACUAUUGUGGAUGUACCAGAGAACACACCUUCUGGGAGCAGUAUCUUUAAAGUACAGGCUGUGGAUAGAGAUACGGGCUCAGGGGGAUCUGUAAGCUACUUCCUGCAGAGCAGUGACCCAAAUAUCAAGUUUGCUAUUAACCGCCACAGUGGAGUGCUGAGGAUAAAACCAGGUGAAGCCCUCGACUAUGAGAGAUCCAGGAUCCAUUUUGUCACUGUGGUGGCAAAGGAUGGCGGUGGAAAUUAUAAUGGGAGUGAAAAGAUGAUGUCAUCUUCUGCUACUCUGACAAUCAAUGUGAUUGACAAUCAGGACACUCCUCCAUCCUUUGUUGGCACACCUUACUUUGGCUCUGUCUAUGAAUUUUCAUCCCCUGGAUCUGAAAUAUUCACUGUUUUGGCCAAAGAUGGAGAUGUAGAAAAUCCUAAUCCAAUUGUUUAUUCUUUUGAAAGUGGAGCCGAUGCUGUAUUUGACAUCAAUAAAACAAGUGGCUGCAUUACCUUGCUUGUCUAUCCAGGCGAUCUUAGAAGGGAAAUAUUUAAUAUCAAAGUCAAGGCUUCAGAGGUAAAUUCAGAAGGAAACUUAAUGGACUUUACUGUCACCACUGUCACCAUUCGAGUAAUGGACCUGAACAACCACUGCCCUACCUUUUAUGGAGAGAGUGGCUCACAGAACAUGUUUGAGCUAACCAUGUAUGAGCAUCCACCAGAGGGCGAGGUUCUGAGGGGUCUGAAGAUCACUGUCAAUGAUUCAGACCAGGGUGCAAAUGCAAAGUUCAACCUGAGGCUGGUGGGUCCAGGCCACAUGUUGCAAGUGGUCCCACAGACUGUGCUUAAUGAAGCCCAAGUCACAAUAAUAGUAGAGGACUCUGCUGCAGUAGACUAUGAGAAAUCUAAGUUUUUGACAUUCAAGCUUCUUGCAGUGGAGAUUGAUACUCCUGAGAGAUUUAGUGCCACUGCAGAGAUAGUGAUACAUUUGCUUGAUACUAAUGACAAUGCUCCGAAGUUCUCCUGUGACUUUUACAUUGCUCGAAUCCCAGAGAACUCACCUGGUGGCUCCAAUGUUGUGUCUGUGACAGCCAUGGAUCCAGACUCUGGUAUGUGGGGUGUAGUCAAAUACUCUAUCUUUGGUUCGGGAUCAGACCUGUUUUUCAUCCAGUCGGGCUCAGGUAUCAUCUAUACCCAGCCCUGGGCCAGUUUGGAUGCUGAGGUAAAAUCCAAGUACACCUUCUAUGUAAAGGCUGAAGACACAGAAGGAAAAUACAGCCUGGCUGAAGUUUUUGUCACUGUUUUAGACCUCAAUGACCAUCCACCAGAGUUCAAUGACAAUUUUUUAGAGAAGACAAUGAUCCUUGGUGUGCCUGUGAAAGUAGAGGCAAUAGAUGAAGAUGCUGAGGAGCCCAACAAUGUAAUUGAGUACUCCAUCAUGAAAGCAAAACCAGACAACAUCUUUGACAUAAAUUCAAACACAGGAGAGAUCAAACUGAAGCCUUUUAUCAAGUCUAUGGACAUAGUGCAGAACAUCACUAAUCAGAAAGACUGCACAUGGUCUGUGGUGGUCCAGGCCAAAGACAGAGGCUCCCCAUCUUUCAGUACCACUGCUAUUGUGAAGAUUGACAUCACAGAAGCGACUCAGCGUAUGGGACCAUUGGCAUUCUUUUUUAUGCAAAGUAGAGAGAACCCUUUACAAAUGUUAGGCUUGAUUGGUGGUAUCAUUGUACUCAUAGUUAUUGUGACAGCCUUGGUCUCCACGGCUAUGUUCAUGCGAACCAAAAAAUCCAACAAGAUUUUACCUUCACAACGCAUCCUAAGAAAGAGACAUAGGUACCACAAGCAAUGGAACUUCCAGAAUUCCUUUAAACAGGAGAAAAAUUGCAAAAACAUUGUUGGAAAAGAACCUGUAGUCUCAACAACACAGACUGUCAACUGUAACAAUAAUAGUGUCAGUGCCCUCUGGUCCCACCCAGCACCACGCAGUGCUCCAGUACCUCCCCCAGUUCCAGACAACUCCAGGCCAGGAGAGGAGCCGAAACUAGUAUCAACUGUUCCAGCAAUGAUGCGUUUUAAACCAAAGAGGAAAUGCUGCAGAAGCAAAGAGAAUCACAUCAACACAGCGCUGGUUUCAGAGAUCAAAUUAAGACGGGAAAAGAAGAAGUUGAUGAACAGAUAUUAGUGCUUGAACAUACCUGUAUGUUUGUAUGUGCUCAUG